AGAUGGUGAUUGGACUAUGUGGCAUUUAUACGUUGGAAGGUGACAUACUGACAGCGGCGGAGAGUGUAGGCCCGACACCAUGGAGAGCUCUCAACUUCCCCACCGACGGCACUCAACCCACGUUCCUGGCGGCAGAUAUAAACACUAACUCCUACACACAUGCAUUUUGUCAGCUGUACGGGCCUGCUGGUUGCUACGAUGAUCCCCCAGAGCCGACACUGAACAUGAGCAGGACGUGGGACAAUAACACUAAUCUGUUAAAUGAAAUCUUUUACAACUGUACGGAGGGAUACUUUUACGAAGCCAACAUCACCGUGACGUACCGACGGGUCUACUGCCUCGGGCUCCUUGGUAGCUGGUUACCUCCCGUGGGCGAGUGUUACCGGGUUAAAGUUUGUCCAGAAAUAGACGCACCAGACCUAAUCACCAACACCUCAGAUGGCGAUCACCGUUACCUGGGAGGAAUGGUUAACUUUACCUGUCCGGAUAACAUGGGAGCUGAAGGAGAAGUGGCCACUCAGUCUCUUACGUGCAUUAGAGACGAUACUGUUUACCCACCCUUCAUCUACGACCCCCCUGUAGUAAAACCUUGUAAUGUUUGCCUUGGGCUGCCUCACCACGAGAAUGGCACAGUCACUAAACUCCCGGCAACUGAUUACGAGGUGGGCGAUUUUCUACAGAUGGAUUGUAUUGCCAAUCACAUGUACGACAUAGGCGAGGUGAAUGUUCUUCUCUACUGCAACGAUACGGGUUGGGAGAAUGCUAGUUGCUACGAAGGAUGUGUCAGUGCUCCGCCCGCCUUAGGACUGAACCAGCAGAGUACCACACCAGAUACCUACGCCCUGGGAACCAACAUUACUUAUACAUGCAACGAAACCCACUACAUCGAGCCUACUGUUGCCGGCCAGGAAUUAAUUAACUCCUGGAAUGUGACCUGUGCUGACGACCACACCUGGACACUUGCGGAAAGUAUCGACUGUUUGUUAUUGUGUGUUGAUGAUCCGAUGAACGUGUCGGCUCCAGGCAGCUCCAAUUGGGACGGUUUCACCAGGACUAAAGGCUCUACGGUGGAGCUUUCCUGUCCCCCCAACUACGCCUUCGGGAACCUGUCCACCGUCAUUACAUUGACUUGUGAGGAUAAUGGUAACUGGACCUACACCGACCCCUCUCUCCUCGUCUGCAGAGAAACAUGCAAUGGAACCUUCCCGACGGUGCCUGCUAACUCCAUUCAAAUGGGGGGUGAAUAUCCAUACUGGGUCGGGGACAACGUGACCUUCAUGUGUGGCCCGGGUCAAGAAUCCGAAAUGAGUCUAACAGCUGUCUGGAUCAACUGCUCCACUACCACUGGAUGGUCCGCCCUUGACCCAAACUUUGCUUGCUACAAUGUGUGUAGUGCAGACCCUCCUACAAUAGCAGAGCCAGGCAACUCCACGUGGAACCAAGUCACCAGAAUCGUGAGCACUCAGGUAACGGUCUCUUGCCCUGAUGAUUAUGUGUUCAGUGAUCUAAACACAACUUUUACCUUGACCUGUGAGGACGACCUUACAUGGACUACUAUCGACACCUCCCUCCUCACCUGUAGGAAACUUUGUCCGACUCAGACGCUGCCGCCACAGCCCACCAACUCUAUCAUAGAGGGGGCUCAACCCCCCUACUGGGUCAAUGACUCAGUGACGUUUAAAUGCGUGGAGGGACAGGAGGCACCCACGGGCGCUACUUACGCCACCUUCAAAUGCUUGGUUGAUUCCGGCUGGUUCGAGAUUGACCCAAACUAUGCUGCCUGUUACAAUGUGUGCAACGUGGACCCUCCAAGAAUAGAGGCACCAGGUGAAUCCUCCUGGAACGGAGCCAGCAGGACUUGGGGCACUCAGGUGGAACUCGGGUGUGUUGAUGGGAUGAAGCUCGCUGACCUCAACACCUUCGUGACCGUGACCUGUGAGGAGAGCGGGAACUGGACCAACGUGAACCCAGAUAUCCUCACCUGCAGAUAUGAGUGCCCACCACUACCCCAGGAGCCACCGGCAAAUUGCUCGUUGAUCGGGAAGGAGCAGCCAAUGUGGAUGGGUCACUCAGUCAUCUACAAAUGCGACGGGACCAUGGCCUCGCCAACGGGGGUCUCAGAGGAGGAGCUUGUGUGUCUCAACGAUACACACUGGCAGGAUCUGGACCCCGAGUUUAAGUGUAUGCCAACCUGCCCAUCCCAGCCACCUGAUCCGCCUUACCUCACAAUGUACAACUAUACCGGGGUCCGGGUGUGGGGGACGCUUGUCUAUUACUACUGUCGGGAGAACUUCACUACGGGGGAGACGGUCCUAACAUCCACCUGUGAUCAAGGCAACUGGUCCAUGACGGAAGUACCUCAUUGUAUACUUUUCAGUUUUCUACGACUAUUAUGUCUCAACUGUGUGGUGCUAAUGUGUGGGUGUGGUCGUAAGGUGGUGUGAGAGAAUGACUGGCUGCUAAAUUAAUCUAAAAGGUGUUUUUGUUGUGUGGAAAAUUGAACUGAAUUGUAAAUGAAUAUAUAUUUUUGUAUU